AUGGGUCUACCGGAAAAAAUCGAGACGCGUCUCUUCAUCAAUGGAGAGUUCGUUGAAUCAUCAAAUGGGAAGACGUUUGACAUUACCAACCCCGCCACAUUGAAGCUCGUAGCAAAAGUUCACGAGGCAUCUGAGCAAGACACCGACAAUGCUGUCGCUGCAGCAAAAGCUGCUUUUCCUGCUUGGUCAAAAUUGACUCCAGACCAAAGAGGCCAAUACUUCAAGAAGUUGGCUAGUCUGAUCCGAGAGAACAACGAUGAGUUGGCCGCUUUAGAAGCAAGCUCUAUGGGUCGCCCAGUAGGCGAGUUCUUCGAUGCCUAUGCUUCUGCGGCGAAGUGGGAUCGUUAUGCAGAAGCUGGAUACAGUGUGCAGGGUACCACGAGCGUCCAGACUCCGGGAUACGUCAACAUGACGCUGCGUCAACCUUACGGUGUUGUAGCUGGCAUUAUUCCCUGGAACGUUCCAUUGUUGUUUUUGGCCAACAAGUUGGCACCGGCUCUCAUUGUUGGGAAUACUGUGGUCUUGAAGAGUUCUGAAAAGGCUCCAUUGACUUCCGCAAAGAUCGCCACUCUGGUACAGCAGGCUGGCUUCCCUCCAGGUGUGAUCAACAUCAUCACCGGCUUCGGCAAUGUUAGCGGAUCCAUCUUGAGCCAUCACAUGGAUGUGCGAGCAUUAUCGUUCACAGGCUCAAGUCGCACGGGACGAUUGAUCCAGGCAGCCGCCGCAAAGUCCAACAUGAAGCAAGUAUUCCUCGAACUUGGAGGCAAGUCUCCAGCAGUCAUCUUCGAAGAUGCCGAUCUGGAAAAGGCCGUGAAGGAAACGGCUCACAGCAUCCAGUGGAACAGUGGUCAAGUCUGCAUGGCCAACUCGCGCAUUUACGUCCAAGAUACGGUUGCCGACAAGUAUAUCGAGCUCUUCAAGCAAAACUUCGAAAAAGAGGUCAAGAUGGGUGACCCCCUCGAUGCGCGUGAGAACGGCGUCAACCACGGCCCACAAGCUGAUGAGGCGCAACACAAGACUGUGUUACAAUAUUUGGAAUCGGGAAAGCAAUCCGGCGGCGAACUCCUCACUGGUGGCGGCGCUCCAUCGGGACGCGAAGGCUAUUACAUUGAGCCUACCAUAUUCAAGAACACGCCAGAGGACGCAAAGAUCAUGAAAGAAGAGAUCUUUGGCCCAGUUGUCAACAUCAAUGUCUUUAAGACUGAAGACGAGGUGCUCGCAAAGGCUAAUGCAACAGAGUACGGACUAUAUGCGUCAGUGUACACCAAAAACAUCGAUCGCGCGAUGCGCUUCGCAACAGGGCUUGAAGCUGGUACGGUCGGCGUCAACUGCACCUCACCAGUUACCGGCGUAGACAUGCCCUUCGGUGGUUACAAGUCAUCAGGUUCAGGACGCGAAGGCGAGCCUCUGUAUUCCUUGAACAACUUUCUGGAAACAAAGAGCGUCUUGAUUAAGAUAUCUUAA